AAUGGUUGGUCUAGUAGCUUCUAUCGGAAGCGGCCUUUCAAUUGGGAAGGAAGGUCCUUUUGUCCAUAUUGCCAGUAUCACAGCAAGAUUGUUAUGUAAAUAUGUCCGAUCGACCAAAGGGAAAUUUCUGAAAAAAGAUACAAACAUGGAAUUGUUAGCGGCAGCUUGUGCUGUUGGUGUUGCUAGUACUUUUGCAGCUCCUAUUGGAGGUGUUCUGUUCAGUAUAGAAGUCACAGCUACGUAUUUUGCAGUUAGUAAUUAUUGGCGUGGAUUUUAUUCAGCCGUUUGCGGUGCUCUAGUCUUCCGAUUAUUAGGUGUCUGGUUUAGAAACGAAGAAACCAUUACAGCUUUAUUUAAAACUGAUUUAAGAACAAACAUUCCAUUCGACCCCUUAGAAUUGGUUGUCUUUGCUGGUAUCGGUGUUACUAGUGGUUUGGCAGGAGCCCUCUUCGUUUUCCUUCACAGGACUAUUAUUGAAUUUAUUAGAAGUCAAAGAAGCGUAACAAAGUUUAUUACUAGCCAGCGCUUUUUAUUUCCAACUCUAGUUGCUGUCUUUAUUUGCUCAUUAACAUAUCCUAAAGGAUUGGGAAAGUAUAUGUCUGGCAUUCUUACAAAUAGAGAAGCUGUUAAUCAAUUAUUCUCUAAUAUAAGUUGGACUAAGGGGCAGUCUGAUGUGCCAGAACAGGAUGAUAUCAUUUCAGGGUGGAAAGGUCCAAAUGACAAUAUUUAUUUAACUCUGUCACUUUUUAUCUUAAUGAGGUUCUGGAUGUCAGCUUUAUCUAUUACACUACCCGUUCCAGCUGGAGUUUUUAUGCCAGUUUUUACUUUAGGAGCUGCUUACGGUCGUUUAAUAGGAGAGUCUAUGGCUGCCUGGUUUCCCAACGGUGUUUCUAACGUUGAUAAUGCAUUAGUUGUACCGGCUGGUUACGCUAUAGUUGGUGCAGCAUCAUUUGCCGGUGCGGUAACACAUACUGUAUCAACAUCAGUUAUUGUUUUUGAGUUAACCGGUCAUCUUGGUCACAUUCUUCCCUGUGUGGUGUCAGUUUUAUUGGCCAACGCUGUAGCCCAGAAAUUCGAAGAUUCAGUCUAUAAUAUGAUAAUAGCGACUAAUAAGUUACCUAGUUUACCGUAUUUGAUCAGCGUUCUCGUUGCGAAUAGCAUAAGUCAUCGAUUCGCUCCGAAUAUUUAUGACAGCUUUAUCUAUAUUAAACGCCUACCUUAUUUACCAGAUUUGAUUGAAUCUGAUGAAAAGGCGAAAGAAACAACUGCUGAAGAAUUUAUGGUUAAGGAUCCUAAUUUGAUAUAUAUCACAAAACGUAUCUCUUACAAUCGAUUACAAGACUUCUUAAAUCGAUAUGGCUUCUUAUCUUUCCCAGUGGUUGAUAAAGAAGAUUCCAGAAUAUUUGUUGGAUCUAUUGGAAGAUCUGAAUUAACUAAUAAUUUACAUAAUAAUCCAAUAAUUUCCGGAGAAAGAGAAGUAGAGGAAGAAGAUAACGGAGGACAAGAAGAAGAAGAAGAAAAAGUAAUUAUUGCCGAUUAUGAAACAAUUACCGGAAUUAAUGAAACGGAAAUGGUAGAUACUGCUUGCUUAGUAGACGACAAUAUUAAAACUACGAAGAAGAAAUAUAAGAAAAAAAAGAAAAAUAAGCAUAGAAAAGAUUCAUCGGAUUUUAUCGAGAUAAAUGACGAAGAUAUUGAUCCUUCUCCUUUUCAACUGGUGCAAAAAACUACAUUAGCUAAAGUACAUUGGUUUUUCUCCAUACUUAGCAUAAAAUAUGCAUAUAUUACUUCAAGUGGAAAAUUGGUUGGGGUAAUAGCUUUAAAAGAUAUUUGUAAAGCUAUAAAUGGAAUAAAAGAUGAGAAAAAUUAA